CCCUCUUCUCUCUCUCAGCUAUUCAUUCAUCUUCAUCAUCAACAAUGGCUCAAAUCCAGACCCGUUAUGACCACCCGCAGAGGCAGCAGCUCUCCCACCAGGUGGCCAAGACCACCACCGCCGUCACCCUCGGCGGCUCCCUCAUGGUCCUCUCCGGCCUCACCCUCACCGCCACCGUCAUCGCCCUCGUCCUCGCCACCCCCGUCCUCGUCCUCUUCAGCCCCGUCCUCGUCCCCGCCGCCUUCACCGUCUUCUUGAUCGUGGCCGGCCUCGUGGCGUCCGGCGGGUUCGGGGUCGUGGCAAGCUUCGUGUUCUACUGGAUGUACAGAUACGCCACGGGAGAGCACCCGAUUGGGGCCGAUCAGAUCGACCGGGCCCGGGACAAGAUCGCACACGCCGCGCACGACGUCAAGGAGAAGGCUGAGCAGUACGGACAGGGCGUCGGCGGAGGCGGACAGCAGAAUGUGAAGGGCGGCCAGGGGAUUUGAGAAUCUUGAAUAAUUAUGUGUAAAAUGGAUGAAAAUUGUGCUUGUUAUUAGUUUUUAUGUGCUUUUCUUUUUAAUUAUGUGUUGUUGAUGUUUGUGUGUGUUUUUGUGUAUCCUCUGCCUCAUAAUUCACAAUCUGUGUUGAGAAUA